AUGGUGAACUUAUUCGCGCUUUCACAGAGGUUACCUCUCUUGGCCUCAUGUGUUAUUGCUGCAGCCAGCUUCCCGGCAAUACCUUCUGACUUGACAACUCCGUUCCAGCAACGUCUUGCCAUCAACGGUCCUAAUGCCAUCUCUGUGGGCUGGAACACAUACCAGAAGAUAGACAAGCCUUGUGUCCAAUAUGGCACAUCUAGCAAUACGCUCACUUCUCAGGCUUGCUCGACUAACUCAGUCACUUAUGCAAGCUCACGCACGUAUGCCAACGUGGUAAUACUUACAGGACUAUCGCCCGCCACUACAUAUUAUUAUAAAAUAGAAUCGACGAACUCUAGUGUCGAACAUUUCUUUAGCCCGCGGAUAGCCGGCGAUACGACCCCUUUUGCUAUGAACGCCGUAAUAGAUCUGGGUGUUUAUGGCGCUGAUGGAUACACCAUUCAAAUGGAUGAGGCCAAGCGGGAUACAAUUCCGCAUAUUGACCCAUCAUUGAAUCACACGACUAUUAACCAACUGGCUAAUACUGUCGAUGACUACGAGUUCAUCGUGCAUCCUGGAGACUUUGCAUAUGCUGAUGACUGGAUAUUAAAACCCAAGAAUCUCUUUAAUGGCGAAGAAGCCUUUCAGGCUAUCCUAGAACAAUUUUACGAUCAACUCUCCCCGAUAUCUGGCCGUAAAGCCUACAUGGCCAGCCCUGGGAAUCACGAGGCCGCCUGCCAAGAAAUCCCCUAUACGACGGGAUUAUGCCCUGCAGGGCAGAAGAACUUCACCGACUUCAUGAACCGGUUUGGGGAUACAAUGGCAACCGCUUUUCCAUCAACCUCCGCUACUGAAGCUGCUAAGAUCAACGCCAAUAAGGCACAACUGUUGGCAAACCCGCCUUUCUGGUAUUCAUUCGAAUAUGGCAUGCUCCACUUCGUCAUGCUUAAUACAGAGACGGAUUUUGAUGACGCGCCAGACGGAAAAGGGGGUUCUGCGGGCCUCAACAGCGGCCCCUUCGGUGCCCCUGACCAACAACUUCAGUUUCUCGAGGCGGACCUCGCCUCUGUAGACCGCACAAUAACACCUUGGCUCGUUAUCGGAGGCCAUCGGCCAUGGUAUACUACCGGAGGUGGCGGCUGCACGCCGUGCCAAACCGCAUUUGAGCCGCUACUCUACAAGUACGGUGUUGACUUGGCUAUAUUCGGCCACGUUCACAACUCUCAACGUUUCCAGCCCGCCUUCAAUAAUACCGUGGACCCCAAGGGCAUGAAUGAUCCUACAGCACCGAUGUACAUCGUGGCGGGUGGCGCGGGAAAUAUCGAGGGUCUUAGCGCAGUGGGAAGCAAUGUCUCGUUCAACUCUUUCGCGUAUGCUGAUGAUUUUAGCUAUGCUAAGAUAAGCUUUUUGGAUGUUAAUAACCUUCAAGUCGACUUCAUCAAGUCUGACACUGGUGAAGUACUAGAUACUUCUGUUUUGCAUAAGUCGCACAAACAGCAAUUUGUUGUCCAAUGA